AUGGCGCCCCGCCGUUGCUGCCCCUUCCUCCUCGCGCUGCUGUGCCUGGCGCGGGCUGCCGCGGGCGCCCUGCCCACCAUCAAGCUGGGCGCCUGCGGCUACUUCGGGUCCACCUCGCGGAUGUACCAGCUGAUGGACUACGCGGCCAAGGUGGCCCUGGAGGACGGGUACCUGGACGACGUCGUGGCCAACAGGAGCUUCCAGGUCGACAUCAAGGCCGUGGACACGCAGUGCUCCGGCGCCUCGGCCGCCGAGAUGGCCCCGCCGCUGCUCUUCGGAACGGGCGCGGCCCCGGGCCGCAUCAGCUCCGAGAACGAGUCGGACCCCGUGGUGGGCAUCUCCGGGUGCGGCUGCAGCAGCUCCACGAAGGUGACGGCCACCUUCGCAAACCCCUUCUCGGUCACGGUGGUGUCGGGCGCCGCCACGAGCCCUGAGCUGGGCGUCAAGUCCAACUACCCGUAUUUCGCCCGCACCAUCUCGCCAGACAGCAGUCAGGGUUAUGGCCUCGCGCGGCUCGUGGUCUACUACGGGUGGAAGCGCGUCGUGGUGGUGUACCCCGUCUCGGCCUACGCAGAGGCGGUGGCGGCCAACUUCAAGAACAUGGUGGCCGCGGGGGACCCCAGCGUGGCCAUCUUCCAGGAGCCGCUGCCUGACCAGCCGCUGCAGACGGGGGACGACGCCGCGGCCUACGACUACUCCCUCGUCGAGUCAGUGGCGAAGAAGGUCGCGUCGAUGUUCCCCCAGCCCCGCAUCUUCAUGAGCCCCGGGAACGAGAGGGCCAUGGGGCCCAUCUUGCGCGCCUUCGACGAGCAGGGGCUGGUGAGCUCCCAGACGGUGUGGCUCCUCGCCGAGUCCGCAUGCUCGGUGAACAGCCUGCUGUGGGUCGCCGACAACCAGCUGGCCUUCGCGGCGGCCAGCCCAGAGACGUCUGUCUUUGUGGAGGGCGGCUAUAACUGGUCCGCCCUGCCGGAGCGCAUGGGUGGCAUGGUCUGCUUGCUGCCGGUGUCGCAGGGGCCCCGCUACCAGUCCGCGGCGUGGUACGGCUUCUGGACCAACCUCACCUGCGACCGGCUGAGGGUCGCGGGCAUGUCCGCGGAGUCCCACUGCGAGCCCUCCUUCUUCCAGGACUUCCAGGUCCUGGACACGAAGAUCUACUACUCCCUCAUUUUCGACGCGAUGACGACAUUCUUCGUGGCGAUCAGCGACCUGCUCUCCACUGGGCUGAGCGCUGCAGACAUCGCGGGGGACGCGCUGCGGGACGCGGUCUUCGCCGCGGAGUUCGAGGGGCUCUCCGGGCGCAUCGCAUUCGACUCCGUCGGCGACCGGCUGGCGCCGUACGACAUCAUGAACCUGCAGGGGUCGCAGCUCGGGAGCGUGGGGCAGUUCGAUGGCGCCAGCGGCACGAUCGCCUUCACGUCUGCGCUGCUCUUCGCGGACGGCACCAGCCAGGUGCCAGCGGAUAGGCCCGAGCCCUGCGGCCGCGGCGAGGAGUACGAGGGGGCGGUCGCCGGCUGCGCCCCCUGCGCCCCCGGCAGGUACGGACCCGAGGAGGACGCCCAGUGCUUUGACUGCACGGUGGGCUCGUUCCAGUCGGCCGCGGGCGCGUCUGCUUGCGAGCCCGCCCCGAAGGGUGCCUACGUGGCCGGGGCGGGCGCGGUGGCGGCCGCGCCCUGCCUGGCGGGUAGCUUCUCGGAAGAGGUGGGCGCCACGUCCUGCGACGAUUGCGCGGUGGGUUACGCGCAGGCUGGCGAGGGCAUGAGCCACUGCGUCCGCUGCGAGGCCGGCACGUUCGCCGGCAAGGGAGCGAGCUUGUGCACCGGUUGCCCAGGGAUGUUGACCACGGAGUUCCCUGGCUCCGUCGACGGCAGCGACUGCGGCUGCGCCGCGGGCACCUACGCGCCGCAGGAGGGCAACGCGACCUGCGAGCCGUGCCCAGCCGGCAUGCAGUGCGCGUUCGGCUCUUCGGAGGCGGGGUUCGAGGUGCCGGCGCCGGGCGCGAGCGAUCCGGACGGCGGCCGUCCUACCCCGCUGCUGAGCGCGGGGUACUACUCCUCCCCCACGGAGCCGCUGAGCGUGUUCAGGUGCCAUGGCGAGGACGCCUGCGGUGGCGGGCUGCCAGGUGCGUGCUUGGGGGGCAGGGUCGGGCUCGUCUGCGCCGCGUGUCCCGAGGGGGAGCUGUUGACGGGCGGACAGUGCACCUCGUGCUCCGACGUCAACCGGGCUUUGCCGGUGCUCGCGCUGCUGGGCACGAGUGCCCUGGCCGUCUUCGUCUAUUACUGCUCGAACUCGCCGGUGAAGUCCAACGCUACCGUCUCUCUGGCAGCCAGCGUCUCCAGCGGCAUCCUGGUGACGAGUGCGCAGCUGCUCGGCACCUUGAGGCAGCUCAGUUUGCCAUGGUCGGGAGGAGGUCGCUCGCUCAUGUCAGGGAUGCAGGUCUUCCUACUGGACCCGAACAGCCUGAGGGUGGAGUGCCUCCUGAGCCAGGACGCAGCGGCGCGCUACUCGAUGCGUUUCUUGGUUCCCUUCGUCGUGCUACUCAAUUUCGGGGCGCUGUUCAUGCUGUCCAAGCUGGUUGUCCUGGUCAGAAGCAGCUUGAGCAGCUUUGUAUGGGAGCCCGUGAAGACGGUCAAUUCCAUCUGCACCGUAUUCCAGGUCCUGUUCAUCGCCCUCGUAGGUAUGGUCGCCAUCCCGUUCCAGUGCUACACCCAUCCCAACGGUCAGAAGAGCCUGGUGCUCUACCCGAACGUGAUCUGUGGCAGCGAGGAGCACGGGCCGUUCGUUGCGAUGGCGCUGGUGGUGCUGGUGGUCUUGGUGCUUCCUUUCGUGACGUUGAACAUCUGGGCCACGGUGAAGGCCUUCGAGUCCAGCGGGAGCUCCAGCAGCAUGGGAGCCCAGGAGCGCCACCUGAUUUGCUUCCGCUACCUCUUCUUCCGGUUCCGGCCAGACGUGUUCUGGUGGGGCGCACCCCUGAACGUCAGGCAGCUGAUGCUCGCAUUCGCGCCUGCUGUCGCGCCGGACGACCCUGCGGCGCAGGCGGUCUACGUGGUGGCGAUCUUGCUGACGUAUCUGGCCGCCACCUGCUUCUACUGGCCCUGGAAGUCGCACGAGCUGAAUGUGCUCGACGCCGUGUCUGUGGCCAUCCUCGCGAUGCUGACGGUGACCGUCUCCACGCUCAUGCCCCCCGCGCAGUCCCCAGGCUGGCAAGGGGGCCUGGCGUUUGUGCUGACCCUGCUGCUCGUCGUCAUCGGCACGGGCUUCGUGGCGGCCACCUGCCUCCUGCUCGCGCGGGGCGGGCCGUCCGCGGACUUCGGGCUGCAGGCCCUCGCGGGCCCGAGCCGCGAGGCGCUGGGCGGCAGCCUGCACCGCCUGGCGUCGCUCCUCGCCUCCAUGGCGCCCGAGGAGUGCGCCCGCCUGCUGCACCGGAUGAACGACUUCGACGUCCAGAUGACGAGCAGGUUCAUCAGUUGCGUCCAGGCGGCCACGCGAUGCGAGAUCUGGGUCUCUGGCAAGGUGCAGCGGAGGUUGUGCUCGGUGGAGCACGCGAAGGCGUCGGUCUCCUCGGAGUUGUCGCUGGAGUCUCUGAGGAGCAGCAUCAGGGCCACUGUGGGCUCCACGCGGGAGGAUGAGGAUCAGGAGCGCCACGUGAAGAUCAAGGAGAUCCGCAGCGUGUUCGAGCGGGGGGAGGUUGCCCGGUUCGAUGCCAGGGAGAUAUUGCCCGAGUGGAUGUUCGGCAUCACGAUCCAGCAGAUCAGGGACCGGCGGGGAUCGAUCUACUGUGCCCGGUAG